AUGGCAGCUUCAAUUCCACUUAUUAUACAGACAUUCGGCGCAUCUUGGUCACAACAGGCAAUAUUUACAUUUGCUUUUUGGCCAUUUGGUUUAAAAUUAAUAUGGGCACCUAUUGUUGAUUCCUUAUAUUUAAAAAGAUUUGGCCGAAGAAAAACAUGGCCAUAUGGAGUCGAAAUAGAUUUGGCUGGAGUUUUUUUGCAGACGAGUUGA